GCCUCAAACUCAUCAUCAGCCAUUUCAAAUCUUUGUAAUUAAACUUCACUCUAUCAAUGACCGGCAGAUGGCAGUCAAUAGCCAUCCGUUCGCAUAUCGCGUAAUCUUCGUGGGGAGACGACGAGCGCACCGUUCGCGUUUCCUAUCAGUCAAUACCUUAAAUUGUCCUCUGUAAUUUCGUCACCAGAUUACUAAUGCACCGAGCCUGAUAUCACCUGAAUGACAAGUUCGAUUAACCAAUCCGGGAGUGAACGCAUUUCGAUUACGGAGGAGCGUAUACAAGCUGAAUUUGAACAAUCACUACCUAACCUUGGAUAUUUAUGUGCAUCUUCUAAAAAAGAUGAUAUAGCGCCGAAAACAAAAUUAGACAUUCCACUGUGGCUGGCAGAUGCCUUGUGUAGAAGAGGAGAGUCGAUUAUAAAUUGGGAAAUACCAAAAAUAUUUAAGGACAGUUAUAAGGAAAUUCUAGAGGCUGAUGCCUGCUCCGUUGAAUUAUGUAAAUGGAAUCAGUACUUUUAUGAACUAGGAUUACGACUUCCUCGCACGACUACCGACGACAAUCAUAAGCUUGCUGAAUUUCUUCUAGAAGUGUUCAAGUCUCGAUUUAGAAUUAUCAUGGAUUCUGAACAGAAUCCUUUUUCAACGCCAUUAUUGCGUGGACAGCUUUCGACUCUAGAGAAAAAAUUGCUAGUACAAGGAAAUAGUGGAAAGCUACAGUUACUUACAUGGUUAAAUAAAGGAGUGAAACAUAUAGAAACAUCCGAUGUUAUAGAUAAUAUAAGAAAACGCAAACGUUUAGUUGUUUAACUUAAUCAUUAGAUUAGAUGAAUUAAUUUUUAUACAAAUAAUAUUUUCAUUACAAAAUAUGUUUAUGUAGAAUUCAUUGAUGAA